CCUCGAGUUAUUUCGACUGGGUGACUGCACCCGCCAUGUUUGACACAAAUCUAGACAAUAGAUCGAUCAGAACAGGACAAAAUGAUUGCUCCGGAUUUGACAAACUUCGACCGCGCUGAGAAUAGUAGCGACCCCCAAAGCCGAGCCAGCAACACGCCUCAAACAUUGCCCUUUCCACCACUGACGAAACAACAUAUUCUGAACUGCGCUUACAAUUCCUGGUGGCCUAAAUAUCGGUCCUUCACACCAAAAUCACGUAUCAUUCCGCUUACUCCACCGUUCCUGGAGUACCUGCAAGCGGACGGUAUCUACUUGCCUUGCAACGAGGCUCCUCAUCCUGGCUAUGAGAACGAGGAGGAUGAGAUUGAAGAUGUUGCAAAGGACUGGCGUCCUCUGCAUGAUAAGAUUAAAGCGACAAUAAAAGAGCUCGGGGGCAAAGUUUUACCCAAGCUGAAUUGGUCAGCGCCAAAGGAUGCAACACACAUGCUUGGAAAUAGCAUGAACUGCUUUAGUCCAGACGAUGUGUAUCUGUUACUCAAAAGCUCUGAUUUCAUCACUUUUGAUCUCAACCAUGCUUUUGAUGAUACUAUUGACGACGGACCUGCCCCUCAUAUACCCUAUCAUCUCGUCCUACGGAAGAGUUUCAACGUGAACCCCUCCGUUGAGUUUCGCUGUUUUGUAAGAGGGAGGAGACUGGUGGGCGUGAGCCAGCGUGACAUGAACUACUACGAUUUCCUGCAUAAAGAGAAGGACAGGUUUUUGGGGCUUAUAGAGCAUUUCUUUGAGGAAAAACUGAAGAGCACGUUCGAGGAGGAGAAUUUCGUAUUUGAUGUCUAUAUUCCAGAGCCACAUAACAAAGUAUGGCUUAUAGACAUUAAUCCGUGGGCACAGAGGACGGACCCGCUGCUCUUCAGCUGGCUUGAACUUCUUACAAUGGAAGUGCCAGCGGAAGAGCCAAUGGAGCCGGUUCGCUUUCAACUUGCGUCAGCUGCAAUCUCAAAUCUGCCUAAAAAUGGGGGGCUAGAAGAAGGAACUGAAACGCGGGAGGAUAGCGAUGAGUUUGAAAGCGAUGUUGAAAGUGUCUUCGUUCCUGAGCUUAGAUUACUCAACAAAGAUGACCCUGAAGCGUAUGGCUUCGCAUCUCCACAGUACAGCGCUCACAAGAUGCCAAAGGAUGUGGUAGACGCGGCUGCUUCUGGAAACACGAAUGCAUUACGGGAUUUGUCCACGGAAUGGCAGGAAGCUUUGCGACGAGCACAGAAGGCAGAUCAAGAAUAUGACAGUGAGGACGAAGAUGGAGGCUGAGAAUACUGGCAAGAUGUUGUUGGAAAUCAACGGCGCCAAAGUGCACCAAAUCACAAAUAAUUGAGCCGAGGAGUCCAAUGGAUACGCAAUGUGUAUAAGCUAGCUUAAUGCAUCUUCACUGCCUACUCUUGCAGCUCGCACAAGUUGGUGCAGCUCGGGUUAAAUUUUAGCACGUUCAUGGUAGAAAAAUAAGAUGACGUAGUGUUUUUUGAA